GCGGCCGCAGCAGCUCCUCGCGUCCCUCCCGCCGCGCGCGCCCAUGGCGGUCGCGGGCCGGCUGUGCCUGCUCUACCUGUCCGCUGGGCUUCUGGCCCGGCUGGGCUCAGCUUUCAACCUGGACACCCGCGAGGGGAACGUGAUCCGGAAAUCGGGGGAUCCCGGGAGCCUCUUCGGCUUCUCGCUCGCCAUGCACUGGCAGCUGCAGCCAGAGGACAAGCGGCUGUUGCUUGUGGGGGCACCUCGGGCAGAAGCACUUCCACUGCAGAGGGCGAACAGAACAGGGGGCCUGUACAGCUGUGACAUCACCUCCCGGGGACCUUGCACGCGGAUUGAAUUUGAUAACGAUGCUGAUCCUUUGUCAGAGAGCAAGGAAGACCAGUGGAUGGGAGUCACUGUCCAGAGUCAAGGUCCAGGGGGCAAAGUGGUGACGUGUGCACACCGAUACGAGAAAAGGCAGCAUGUUAAUACAAAGCAAGAGUCUCGGGACAUCUUCGGAAGGUGUUACGUCCUGAGCCAGAAUCUUGCGAUUGAAGAUGACAUGGACGGAGGAGACUGGAGUUUCUGUGAUGGCCGGUUGAGAGGCCAUGAAAAAUUUGGCUCUUGUCAGCAAGGCGUGGCAGCAACUUUCACUAAAGACUUUCAUUACAUUGUGUUCGGAGCCCCGGGUACUUACAACUGGAAAGGGAUCGUUCGUGUAGAGCAAAAGAAUACCACUUUUUUUGACAUGAACAUCUUUGAAGACGGGCCCUAUGAAGUUGGCGGAGAGACUGACCAUGACGAGAGUCUCGUGCCCGUCCCUGCCAACAGUUACCUAGGCUUUUCAUUGGACUCAGGGAAGGGUAUUGUUUCUAAAGAUGACAUCACGUUUGUAUCUGGUGCUCCAAGAGCCAAUCACAGUGGGGCUGUAGUUUUGCUAAAAAGAGACAUGAAGUCCGCACAUCUUCUCCCCGAGUACAUAUUUGAUGGAGAAGGCCUGGCUUCCUCGUUUGGCUACGAUGUGGCGGUGGUAGACCUCAACGCAGAUGGGUGGCAGGACAUAGUUAUCGGAGCUCCGCAGUAUUUCGACAGAGAUGGUGAGGUUGGGGGUGCGGUGUAUGUCUACAUUAACCAGCAGGGCAGAUGGAAUAAUGUGAAGCCAAUUCGUCUAAAUGGGACCAAAGAUUCUAUGUUUGGAAUUGCAGUAAAAAAUAUUGGAGAUAUUAAUCAAGAUGGCUAUCCAGAUAUCGCUGUUGGAGCUCCGUACGACGAUCUGGGGAAGGUUUUUAUCUAUCAUGGAUCCCCGACUGGCAUAAUUACCAAACCGACACAGGUUCUUGAGGGCACGUCGCCUUACUUCGGGUAUUCCAUCGCUGGAAAUAUGGACCUGGAUAGGAAUUCCUACCCUGAUGUUGCUGUUGGGUCCCUCUCAGACUCAGUAACUAUUUUCAGAUCCCGGCCAGUGAUUAACAUUCAGAAAACCAUCACAGUGAACCCUAGCAGGAUUGACCUCCGCCAGAAAUCCCUGUGUGGGUCACCUAGUGGGAUAUGCCUCAAGGUUAAAGCCUGUUUUGAAUAUACUGCGAAACCCGCUGGUUAUAACCCUCCAAUAACAAUUUUGGGUAUACUUGAAGCUGAAAAAGAAAGAAGAAAGUCUGGGUUGUCCUCACGAGUUCAGUUUCGAAACCAAGGUUCUGAGCCGAAGUCUACUCAGGAGCUAACCCUGAACAGGCAGAAGCAGCGAGCAUGCAUGGAGGAGACCCUCUGGCUGCAGGACAACAUCAGAGACAAGCUGCGCCCCAUCCCCAUCACGGCCUCUGUGGAGAUCCAGGAGCCCAGCUCUCGCCGGAGGGUGAAUUCCCUUCCCGAAAUUCUUCCCAUCUUGAAUUCGAACGAAGCCAAAACAGUCCAGACCGAUGUACACUUCUUAAAGGAGGGAUGUGGAGACGACAAUGUCUGUAACAGCAACCUUAAGCUAGAAUAUAAGUUUUGUACCCGAGAAGGAAAUCAAGACAAAUUCUCUUACCUUCCAAUUCAAAAAGGCGUCCCAGAAUUAGUCCUAAAAGAUCAGAAGGAUAUAGCUCUGGAAAUAACAGUGACCAACGGCCCUUCUGAUCCAAGGAACCCCAGGAAAGAUGGCGACGAUGCUCACGAAGCCAAACUCAUCGCGACGUUUCCAGACACGCUGACGUACUCCGCCUACAGAGAACUGAGGGCAUUCCCUGAGAAGCAGCUGAGCUGUGUCGCCAACCAGAACGGCUCCCAAGCUGACUGUGAGCUCGGAAAUCCUUUCAAGAGAAAUUCCAGUGUUACUUUUUAUCUGAUUUUAAGUACAACUGAGGUCACCUUUGACACCACAGAUCUGGAUAUUAAUCUAAAGUUGGAAACAACAAGCAAUCAGGAUAAUUUGGCUCCAAUUACAGCGAAAGCAAAAGUGGUUAUUGAAUUGCUUUUAUCGGUCUCUGGAGUCGCUAAACCUUCGCAGGUGUAUUUUGGAGGUGCAGUUGUUGGUGAGCAAGCUAUGAAAUCUGAAGAUGACGUAGGGAGUUUAAUAGAGUAUGAAUUCAGGGUGAUUAACCUAGGGAAACCUCUUAAAAACCUCGGCACAGCGACCUUGAAUAUACAGUGGCCCAAGGAAAUUAGCAAUGGCAAAUGGUUGCUCUAUCUGGUGAAAGUAGAAUCCAAAGGCUUGGAGCAGAUCGCUUGUGAGCCUCUCGAGGAAAUAAACUACCUGAAGUUGAAGGAGUCUCACAACUCAAGAAGGAAACGGGAAAUUCCUGAAAAACAGAUAGACGACAGCAGGAAGUUUUCUUUAUUUUCUGAGAGGAAAUACCAGACCCUCAACUGCAGUGUCAACGUGCACUGUGUGAACAUCAGGUGUCCACUGCAAGGACUAGACAGCAAGGCCUCUCUUGUUCUACGCUCCAGGCUGUGGAACAGCACGUUUCUAGAGGAGUAUUCCAAAAUGAACUACUUGGACAUUCUCAUGCGGGCGUCCAUUGAUGUCACUGCUGCCGCUCAGAACAUCAAGCUCCCUCACGCAGGCACUCAGGUUCGAGUGACGGUGUUUCCCUCCAAGACAGUGGCUCAGUAUUCAGGGAUUGCGUGGUGGAUCAUCCUCCUGGCUGUCCUGGCCGGGAUUUUCAUGCUGGCUCUACUAGUGUUUUUACUCUGGAAGUGUGGAUUCUUUAAGCGCUCAAGGUACGAUGACAGUGUUCCCCGAUACCAUGCUGUGCGCAUCCGGAAAGAAGAGCGCGAGAUCAAAGAUGAAAAACACAAUGACAACCUCGAAAAAAAACAGUGGAUCACAAAGUGGAAUGCAAAUGAAAGUUACUCAUAGAGGGGCGCAGGCGAGCCUCAUACCACCCAGUCCCUUCUAUCUUUCCCAGUUCAGAAACCCAGGUGGCUUCGAAGCCUGCUCGGCCCCUGGAAAGGAUUCAGACUGGCGACACAUAACGGACCGACAGUUUCAACUGUGGAUAUUGUUACACCUAAGGCUCCUGUUUUGCACAGCCAAAUUCAGACUAGUAGAGUGGAUUUUUCUUUAACUGCCUUAAUUUAACUUUCCGGAUUGCCUUUGCUUUUUGGUGUGGCUGCCUGACUUGG